AUGCUGACUUUUCAAUUCGGCUACCGGAUCAGCGACGUGCUCGGCUCCGCUUGUGGGAUCAUUGUCAACCUGAUGGUGCUGUUCGUGAUUCGCAAGACCGCGACAAAGUCCACAAGUGCGUAUGGGAGAAUGCUGAUUGCGUCGGCUGUGUAUGAUACGCUCUACAGCCUCUGUGAGAUCUUGCAGCAGCAUGUAAGUUUGGGUGGUAUUAUGAAUUUUUUUAAAGAAGUUUUCGCAUGGUGCAUUUCUCAAGCGAUGUUGCAGUAUGAAACUUUUUUAAAGGAUUUCUGUGAAUUUCGAGCAUUUCAAGUGCAAGGACUUUCAUGAAAGUUGGUGAAAAUUGGCACAAAUUUCCAAUUAAUUUUUCCGAAAAUAUCUGCGAGACUGCUAGCUUGCGCUUUGCAGAAAGAACCGAGAUUUUAAGGCUGAAAGUUCAUAAAAAACGACAAUUUUUUAAGUUUUUCUCUCCGAUCACUCUCUGAGUUUUGGUUGCUCUCUUGGCCCUAAAGAUCGUUGAACAUCUCGACUGUGCCCGCAAAGCACAAGCUAGUAUUUUUUCAUGGAUUCUUAUGGGGCCUGUGCCAGUCGUUUACGGAAAAUGUGAAGAAAAUUUGGGCGUCGUACUUGGGGUACCUGCCUUGUCAAUAAAAAUCCUGUAAUUGCAUUGUUGUUUCGGAAGCUGCGUUGCCGAGUGUCACUGUUACUUUGCUGACAUAAAUACCCCCAUUUUUUUGCAUUCAGAACGCAAUAAAACCUUAAAUUAUUGGCCAUUACCUUCGCAAGGUUCAAUCAUCAACUUCUUCGAUUGCCCUUACAAGAAAGUGCGCAGACAUUACGACAAAUAAAACUUCAUUUUCAGCAGCUACUGCUCACCAACGGAACAUUGAUUAUUGUGCCGCGAGGAAUGGAAAAAGAUGUUGGCCAUGAAUGGUGUCCCAUCUUUCUCUUCUUUCAUUUGUGCCUUAGCAACAUGAGCUGCUUCAUGCUGCCCGCUCAGUACUUUUAUCGAUACAGGCUGUUGUUGGAGUAAGUUUUGAAAAAUCGUUACUGUGAAACCUCUAUGAAAGACAUGUGCAAUGGGCUUUUUUGGGUCGGCACUCUGAUUUUUUGCACUGUUCAGGUCGCUGAAAUCACUCUAGCGGCUUUCCGAACGGUCUAGAUUGGUCAGCCGGGAAACUAAUUUGGAUUUCUUGCACCAAAAAUCACUUCAGCGGUUUUGCGAACGAGCAAGUAUAACCCAAUUUCAGCGCCACGAAAGUGAAUGGCUACACCUUACUAAGAGCCAUUUUUGUCUCAGCGGUUGCAGCCAUUGUCUCUGCAGGAUUUGGAGUAGUCGGCGAAAGUUAUUCUGCGAAGCGAGGAAGAGAAUACUACAUGUCACAAAUGCCGGAUUACUGGUUGCCAGAAGGAAGGAAUACAUAUCUCAUUGCGAUUGAUACGGUAAGUCAAAUGACAAGAGGGUGAUAUAAUACAACAUGCGAAGUUCAGAUUUUCUGUUAAUUUUACGUACAUUCUGGGAAUAGGCUGCAGAUCAAUUCCAGAAAAUUUUAGCUUGCGCUUUCCAGACGCGACCGAGAUAUUGACCGAUCUUUUCGGCCGGGAGAAUACGCGGAGAGCGGUCGGAAAAAACACUUUUUUGGCCAUAUUUUUCACUGCCUCGCUCGGAAGAAAUUGCUUUUUUUGUGGAAACAUUACAUUUUUGCGGUAUUAAUACACAUAAUUUUCAUGCCAAAGUUCGCCAAAAAGCGUCGCAUUUUUUUCAAAUUUCAGCCUAAAAAUCCCCGUCGUUUUCUGCAAAGUGGAAGCUAGGAAUCUUGAAUACGUCUUUCAAAGGAUUAAUCUAAAUUUGUGCCAAGUUUCAUCGAAAUCUGAGCGUCGCACUUUGACCAUUUUUCUUUUGAAACAAAGCUCAUGGCAUAAGCUUAUAAUGGCCUUGAGAUUUUUGAGAUUUCAGGCAGACCUUGCAUCGGAUCUUCAUUUCAAAACGACCGGAGCCUUCGCGAACAUUUCAUUCAUUGCCGCCGUGUUUUUUAUCUACAAAAUAGUCAAGUAUAUGAACGCCACUUCCAAUAUUCGGAGCGAGAAGACCAAGAAGAUGCAGCAGCAGUUCACCAAGGUCAUCAUUAUUCAGGCAAGGCGGUGAUUCCUAUGAAUCUACCAUAAAAACUCAAUAAAAUAUACCAAAAACACCUUUUUAGGGCAUAGCCACAUUACUAUUCGCGUUUAUUCCGCUGAGUAUUGUUAGCAUGGGCAUUACGAGCCACAGUGACUGGGAGAUGCUCGGCUUACUCGUUAUUAUCCCCUUGUCGUGGCUGCCCACCGCUAAUGGGAUGUUGUCGCUUUUCGUGAUACAACGGCACCGAUACUUUUUGCUGGAUUCCAUUUGCUGUCGAAUUACGAUCAAAGUCGAGCCAACAAAGACUUCAAGGACCCCAGCAUCGGCCUUCCGAAACACCACAUCGUCUGUAUUGGACUGA